UUAAACACGGAAUUCAAUACUCAUCCACGGAACUGUCGUUAGUUUCCGAACAAUUCGAUAACCAAACUAAAACUGUCAAAACGUCUAUCGACCGUAGAAUCAGGGCAACGAGGUUCAUUUAAUAGCGCAGCUGAAAAAGAAGAAACUCGUCGGCGUCCAGGAUCGAGGCAGGAAAAUGAAAGCAGCGAAGCUCUUCGUCGAUCUCCGUCCCUCGAACGAUCUUAAAAGUCAAUUUCAUUGGAAUUGACAGGUUCAUCGAGGGAGGACGAUCGCGCGGAUAGAUCCUCCAGCCCGUUCGUUUUCACGGGUUACAGAGGGUAAAGCUGGCGGCAGGAAGAGAAGCGCCACCCCAUCAUAUUGAUCGUAGCCGGCUGCUCAACAUGGCGCCGGGGGUGGCGUUCGCGAUCGGCCUGAUCCUCGUCGUCGAACACCUGCAGGAAGGCCCGGGAAGCCUCGCCAAGACCUUCACCUUCCCCGAGUAUCCGUACAAGGAGACUACCAAGAAUGAACUUCUCUUCAGGCAGUUCGAGCAGGCUUGCGAAGAAAGCGGCGCUUGCAAGAUGCUAUCGCCACAAAGAAGCGGAAUCGCCAAAACAAGAUGCAUUCGCGAAUGCGUGUCACCGUCCUGUUACAAAGAGAUCUACUUGUUCGACCAGUUAGAAGAAGGUGAGAUCGACGUGAGAUUGAACUCGUUCAAGGGUUGCUUCAUGCAGCGCAACGGGCGACCACGAAAGUAACAAAAACUAAGCCGAAAGAACGGCGGAAGCACGGAGGAGAGAGCAAUCGCAACGCCAUCGAAUCGCAGAAUCGUAUUCGAAAUUGCGACCGACGCACCGCACAAUCGCGUCUAACCAGUUCCAAAUGAAAAUUUUAGAGGUCAACAGCCAAGCUGGGGAAAAUUAGGGCGAGGAGAGCGAUCAAGCUAUUUAGCGAAACAACCAAAAAAAAAAAAAAAUGAAUGCUAUAUUUCAGGAUAUCACGCAGAAGCGCACGCGUUACACUCGGACGAAUUAAAUUCGUCCCGGAUAAUCUUUUUCUACUUUUUGUACGCACGUAUUACCAUGUUAAGCCGAUGUUACUAACA